AUGAUUGAUACUUGGGAUAUUUACUAUGCCAUACUUAGUUCGAGGAAGCGUGACUCUGAAUUGUUUAAGGAAUGGAAAAGUAAGCUUGAUGUUGAUCGUUUGAUCAAUGACUUGAGAUUGAUUCUCAGCAAGAAUCGUCCGCCCACAUACCAUCUACAAGGAGAGGACAAGGAGUUUCGUGAUCAGUGGCAUACCGCGGAAUGUCAUCUCAAGGGCUUCGUUUUAGCCGGUGUUGGCAAUGCCCUUGAGAGGUUUGACAAACCCAAAAGGCCGUUGGUCAACAAGCCCACGUGGUUUGAAGAAAAGUCCUCUAAGGCAAGAGCUGGUAUCGCUGUGAAGCAUUUAAGGCAUGAUGUAUUUGAAGAGGGCCAAGACGUGGGGGUAUAUGCCCUAGUCAUGCUUGGCUACUUCAAUGAACUUCACUUGUCGGGGGGGAAAGUUGACCCAGAAACCCAACAGAUAAUGAUCCUUGAUGGGCUUCCAGAUAGCUUUAAUGAAGUCAGAAAUGAAAUUUUGUUUAGCGACAAAAAGUUUUCGUUUUUGGAGCUUUAUAACAAGCUUGUGACUGCUCAAACAAAGAUGAAAAGAAGGGGUGGACUUUUGAGAUGA